AUGAGAUUGUACGCGUUAAUUUUCACCCUGGCCGUGCUACACGCCCGCGCCGCCUGUAUCCCGAUCGAAGCGGAGAAACCCCAAGCAGAUGAAAUUUUUAAACAUGAAGAGAGCAAGGAAACCGUCGAACAACUGAACAAUGUUGACAAAGCUGAAAACAAUUUACGCAAUACACCCGAUGUUAUCCCCGUUGCGAUCGUAGAAGACACAAAACCGGCGCAGGAAAUAAACGAAAACUCUAACGACUAUAUACCAAGCGACGAUGAACCGAGCAUUAAUAUCAAACGAGUGGAGAUUGACUUGGAAAACCCGGGACAACCGCAGCGGCAAGAGCACGAAACCCAGAACCCUGAAUUUUACGCCGAAAGGAACAACUUGGUGUCGGACAUCAGACAGAAGCUUCUAGAUACUGAAAAUGUUUUCAAAAAAAGCGUAUCGGAGGUGAACGAAGGCUUUGAAAACUGGGUCCCGAAUAGCGAACACCUAACAGUUAUUCAGAAAGACAUUAAGGAAAUGCAAAACAAGUUCCUCACGCAGCUCUCAAAUCUAAGGCAGACGCUGGAGGCUUAUCUUAGCCCGCAGAGUACUAAAUCGGACAUAGAGGACACAGAGUAUGUCGCUAAUUUGAGAGACGUCAGGAAUCGGUUGAAAGUAUUAGAAGUCAACUUUAAGGCCGGCGUACAAACUUUAUCCGAAGGUGUAAAGGCAUUAGAAGCCGCGAAGGCGGAUGGUGCCAGCGCAGGUGCCGCUGAAAAACCUUCCGAAACAGGCUCACCAAAUCCGGCCCCAGCCAAUCCGUCCGAACCUUCUACUAAUCCAAUAAGUCAAUUCUUCUCAACGUUUUCGAAUGCAAUUGGAAACGCUAUUAACAACAUGCAGUCUACUUUCCAAUCUCUCACCAACCCUCCGAAUCAGACCCCUCCAGUCGGGGCUCAAUCUGAUGAGGCUGCUACCCCCGCCCACCCUUCUAUGUGGGAGGUUUUUCAAACGCAGUUGAAUCAAAUUUUCAACGGAGGCCAAACCAGUGAUCAAGCUCAAGCGCCUUCAGACACGCCGGUAAAUCCAUUUGUCCAAGCUUUCCAAUCCAAUCCUUUGAUUCAAGGUUUCAUAAACCAAUUCAGACCUCAAGCAAAUCCUACCCCAAAUGCCGCCGAAGCCAAACCACAAAAUAGUCAACCAGCACAGACUGUAUCGGCGCCAUCUCAACCAGUCCAGCCGCAAUCUGCACAAACCCUAACUGCACAAUCACAAGCUGUACAACCUGAGUCAAUACAGCCUCAGCCUGAGUCGAUACAACCUCAACCUGUACAGCCACAGGCAAGUCAAGAAACACAGCCCCAGCCAGCCGAACCACCUAAGGAAACCCCAGCUGCAACUGCUCAAAUUGGUCCCAUCAGACAAAUGGUUGAAAAUAACCCCUUUGUGAAGGGUAUCGUACAGAGAAUACAGAGUAUAUCAAACCCAGAGAAGCCAAGGCAGAAGGUGCCAGUACAGGCUCCCGAAUCCGUUAAACCCGAGGUAUCCGUGAAUGAACCCAUUUCUGCGACAAAAGGUCACGGCGGCGGAGGAAGUGAAGCUGGCGAUAAUAUCGACAGCGACAGGGCAGCCAUGAGCGUACCCAGCGAGGAAAAGGUCGAAAAAGUUCCACAGAAGUGUGAAAAAGAUAAGGAUGUAGAUCUAGCAAACGACAAGAAGGAGAAAGAAGCUGUACCACUGCCUGAUAAGACUGAAUAG